GGAUGGGGGUGGGGGGGUCUUACCUGUCCCAGCCCAGGGACCACAGGGGACCCCUGACAAACAGAAAGAGAAGGCCAGAGGGAGGCAGAGAAAGACCUCGUGGCUGGGGAAAGUACUGAGAGAGACAGAGAGAAGGGAUUGGCGGAGAUGUAGAGAUAGUGAGAGAUAUAAAUGCCAAGGAUAAGCCCUGAGAGAAGGAAGAAGGGUAUGGGGAAAUAGAGGUACAAAGAGGGGGAGACUUAGAGAUGGAGACAGAUUAUAUAUUUACUUGUACCCACAAUGCAACACCAGUCUCUCUGUCAUAGACAGAGGUAAGGAGAUCUUGGGACAGAGAAGCAAAAGUAAAGAAACCCAGUGUGUGGAAUCUCCAGGGCUUAGCACAGAACCUGGCCCAGAGUAGGACCUUCAUAAAGGUUUAUUGACUGACUGUGUUGACAGACAAGAGAUAAAGAUAAGGACCCACAGAACUGACAGGCAAGAGAUCCAAAGGGACAGAGGGAACCAAGAAGAGACAGGAAGGGAGCAGUGACACAGAGAAACAGACAUUAAUAAUCCAAAUCAAUUAACAUAAAAAUAACCAAAAAAAUCCUAAGCCCCCCAAAGAGUGUAGAGACAGAGACAGGAGGAAGACAGACAGAAGAGGCAGCCAUGUGUACAUCUCUGUGCUUAUCAUUGAAUACAGAUUAUACGAACACAGAGUGACAUGGAAAUGCAGAGAGAGACACAAAGACACAGACAAAAGCACGCACGGAGAUAUCAGACAGUCAGCAAAUACAGGUUAUCUCUGGAGACAGAGAUAGUGAGCCAGGGAUAAGGGGACACAGGGAGAGAUACAAAUACGGAAGCUGGGAGGGAGAGACGGAUGGAUGGAUGGAGACAGAGAAGGUCCAAUGGAUACAAGAGAGAUGCUGAAGGGCAAUGGCAGAGCCUCUGGCUCUCCCAGGCCAGAGGGAGGGGCUGAGGACCUAGGGACAGGGCAGGCCAAGCUUCAUCCAGUCAGCCAUUGUCCCUUGGAGACAGGAGGCAAAAUCUGUCUCCAUCCCUGCCUCCCUGAUGGGCCUGGUUCUGGCUCCUUGUCCUGCUGAUGCCCUAGUCCUGGUUCCCAACUGGGGCUGCAGGCUCGGGGCUGGGGCUGCAUGGACCACCCUGUAGGGGUGUCCUCUCUAAUAAAGUCCAUGAAGAGAACAGUGUGGCUGUCAUUUCAACCCCUCCCCCCAACGCUACUCCCUAUAGGGAAAGCCCAGAUAUCAUCUCUCCCUACCUUAGUAGGACGCAGGCAUCCCUUUCCCCCCAGUCCCGUCCCUCUUGGAAGGGCCCAGGCAUCCAGGCCCCAGCUCCUCCCACCUCCAGCCUCCCUCCCUCCGUCCACUUGUUCCCUUAAAAUACCCACAACAGGUGCGGGUGUUACUUACAUGGCAGGGCCCAAAAUAGCCCAAGGCUCUGGUCAGGGGGAGGGCUGCCUGCCUGUCUUUGUGGGUCAGGGGGGAGGCCACAGGCAGAGCAGAGGGUGCUGGGGACCCUGGCCAGUCAACGAGAGGAGGGAAGCUUGGGGCUAGGGGCCGGGGGCUGAGCCCGAGCCUGAGUCUGGAGGCCCAGCUGGCCACCUGGGGCCUGGGGGAGCCCAGUAGGGCCGGGCCCCUUCUCCCCCAGCCACCAUGAUGUGGUCUAACUUCUUCAUCCAGGAGGAGGAAAGACGUCGAGCUGAGACAGCGAGGAGGAGAGCCCAGAGGACUGGCCUGGCCCGUGAGCGCCGUGGCCCCAUCAAGCUGGUCCUACUGCUGGCCGGCAUUGGCACAACUCUGGCGGUUCUGGCCGUGGGCACCGAGUUCUGGGUGGAGCUGGGCACCAAACGGGGCAACGGGACGAGCGGUGUGUGUGAAGCUGCCCACCUAGGCUUGUGGCGGGUGUGCGCCAAGAGGCUCUGGCUGGAGGACCUGCCCCCCAAUAGGGAGACCUGUGGUCCUGCUGAGUUACCUGGAGAGGCAAACUGCUCUUACUUCAGAUUCUUCACCACAGGAGAGAACAGCCAGAUCUUGCAGAGGACAACAAAGAAAGAGCUUGGACUAGCUGCUGCCGUCACCGCCACUCUGGCCCUGGCCAUCACAGUCCUAGGAUGCAUCUGUGUCAUCAUGGUGCUCAGCAAAGGGGCCGAGUUCCUGCUCACACAUGCAGCGGUCUGUUUCAGCCUCUCAGGAGUUUUGUUGCUGGUGAGCCUCGAGCUGUUCCGCCAGGGGGUCCGAGAGCUGCUGGCCAGGACUGGGCCUGGUCCAGCCCCUUGGCUGGAUUAUGAAUAUUCCUGGUCAGUGGCCUGUGCCCUUGCAGCUGCUGCCUUGUUGCUCCUGGGGGGUGGCUCCUUCUUGCUACUGGCCCUGCCCUCCCGCACCUGGAGGAUGUGCUGCCACCAGCAGCCAGGUGACCGAGGAGGUGGAGGUGCAGGAGCCACCUAAGGGAGCCAAUUCCCUUCCAAAAUGGGUAGGCUUCUUUGGGUCCCCAACAGAUCCCCUCCACCCCCCCUGCCCAGCCUCAUGCCAUGGAGUUGCUCAGAGAUCUACCCAACCUUAGAGAGUGGAUCUCCUCGGACCUUAACCCAGUCUCAGGGAUAGCCCAUCCCCUCCUGGCGCCAAAGAGUUGAUCCCUCUGGCUGCUGUCUGACGCCAAGGAAGAGGUCUUUUUGGUACCCGUGAAUUACCUCCAAUUCCUGUUUGGACCUCCAUCACCCAUCGGGUCCCGAGAGCAGACCUCUUCCUGUACCUGCAUGUCUCUGAGGACUAGAUUCCUUUCUAUCUCUCUCCUCCCUCCCCUCCCCACAAUGGCCUGGAGUAGAUCCCUUCUGGCUCCAUGGAGCCCUGGGAGUGGACGCAGAGGGUGUAAUCCUUCCUAGCCCUGCCCAUUCAUGGUGAGUGGACCCUUUUCCAGUGCCUCCCUGAAGCCUUGUCACUUUCUCCCUGUCCCGUGUCCUUUCUCUGAUCCCAGAGGCAACCUGCUCCCUCCCCCCCAGGGGACCAUGCACUCUCCCUCCCUUUGUAUAUAUGUUAUCUCUGUGCUGAAUCUGGGCUACAGGGGUGAGUUCUUACAGACGAGGGUCCCUGGGGUGGCAGAUCGGGACCUGAUAGGGGCAGAGAGAGGUCAUAUGGGAUUCCUCUCCUCUGCCCUAAUUUAUUUAUUGGGGAAUGGAAUUUGCCUGGAACAUGGGUGAAGUUGUGGGCUGGGGAUACCCGGGUUCCCCCUCCACCUUCUACCGCCCAGGAUUAAAUGCUUGGGAAUUG